AUGGAUACUCUGUGCUUAAGAUGUGGAAUAUCUGGGAUAGUUCCGUCCAUGUUAAUAGGGGGCUCAUUGGAUGUGAAUUCACACCCAUCGCAAGUAAGCGCGGUAGGUCGGUCCACAACGGAAAAACCAUCCCACAGGUCUGUAUUCCCCAAAUUCUCGUUUAAAUACCCCCUGAAAUCUCUCUGGCCAGGACGAAGUGGGAAUAGCAGGGGCAACAGGCCGGCCUUCGACAACGCCGUUUUGGUGGAUAACGUGGAAAAGAAAGCUAUUGACGAGGACAACGAGAGUGGUCCCGAGGAUCAAAACAAAAGCUGGUUCUUCCAGAGUUUGUGCGUCAAGUCUAUGUGGACGGAGAAACAAACGAAGGGAGAGGUGGGUAACAAGGAAAUUGAAGGGAAGUGUCCGAUUGAUGAUCAAAGAAAUGAGUCUGGCGAUGAUGGUGGUGGUGGUGAUAAUGAUGAUGAUGAUGAUGAUGAGUGUGCUGUGUGUACGGCUGAUGAGGAUGACGAAGAAGAUUUUCAAUUCGACAGGGACUCAUUUUCAAGAAUGCUUCGGAGGGUGUCGUUAACUGAAGCCAGAUUGUACGCACAGCUGUCAUACCUGGGUAACUUGGCCUACUCUAUACCCAAAAUCAAGCCAGAGAACCUCUUGAGAUGUUGCGGUCUGCGUUUUAUAACUUCAUCACUGGACAAGACAAAACUGGCAACAACUGGAAAAAAUGAGGCAUCGGCUGAUCCUCAGGAAGUUGAAACUAAUGAGAAGGACAACGGAGAAAGAAAUGAGGAGAACAAUAAGCAUAGGAUGAAUGCAUCUGUUGCUUACCAAACUGCUCCCUCGACUGUGCAUGCCCAGGCCAAGGACAUGUCUGCUUCCAAUUUCUCAAAAGAUGGGGGCGGUGGUGAUUCUCUUGAGGAAAUCAGUGACAAUACUGGGGGGGAUAAUAUGUUAAAUACAGAAGGAUCAUCUGUGAAGGUUACUACUGAUUCAGUGAAAGAAGUGGUUGCUGGGAAAGAGGAGGUGAAACAGGCCGUUGCAGAUGAUUUGAACUCAACUUCUUCGUCACCUUGUGAAUGGUAUACAUGCGAUGAUGACCAGAGUGGUAUUAGAUUUUUUGUUGUCCAGGGUUCUGAGUCACUAGCAUCCUGGCAAGCAAACAUUCUUUUUGAGCCUAUUCAAUUCGAGGGGUUCGAUGUCCUUGUGCACAGAGGUAUAUACGAGGCUGCUAAAGGUAUUUAUCAACAGAUGUUACCAGAAGUGCAUGAUCACCUAAAAUCUCGUGGUUCUUUUGCAAAAUUUCGUUUCACGGGGCAUUCCCUUGGGGGAAGCUUGGCAUUACUUGUAAAUCUCAUGCUGCUGAUCAGAAAGGAAGUACCGCCCUCCUCUCUGCUUCCAGUAAUAACAUUUGGUGCUCCGUUUAUCAUGUGUGGAGGGGAUUAUCUGCUGGACAAGCUUGAAUUACCGCGAAGUCAUGUUCAGGCAAUUACAUUGCACAGAGACAUAGUUUCACGAGCCUUUUCGUGCAAUUACCCUUGUCGCCUUGCAGAGCUACUGAAGGCUCUUAAUGAAAACUUUCGGAAUCAUUCCUGUCUCAAUAACCAGAAAAUAUUAUAUGCACCGAUGGGUGAAUUUCUAAUACUACAACCAGACGACAAAUUUUCCCCACACCAUCACCUCCUUCCCCCAGGAAAUGGUCUGUAUGUUUUGAGGGGUCAUUUUUCUGAUAGCAGUCAGUCAAGAAAGCAACUUCAAGCUGCUCAACUGGCAUUCUUGAACUCACCUCAUCCACUUGAGAUCUUAACUGAGCGAUCUGCUUAUGGCUCCGGAGGAACCAUAAUAAGAGACCAUGACAUGAAGUCGUAUCUAAAAGCUGUGAGAACUGUGAUGUGUCGGGAAUUUGAGAGUCAUCAUAAGGUAAGAAGAUGGCACCGACGGAGCGCAUGGUGGCCGCCGAUGGCUCCCCCUAGUAGAAUUGAUGCCGGCACAAUUAGCGGGAGGUUGACGGAAUCGGUCAAUGCUAUCCAAGACGCGUCCACUUUCUCCGGCGCCUUACGGACAGGGGAAGGAUCAUGGAAAAGGUUCUAUAGGAUAAUUGCGUCACAACAUAUGCAUUUGUUCAUGGUGAUUUCAUUCCCUGCACGAAUGUUAGUAUUGGGAGCAUACAACCUCAUUGGGUUCCACUAG